AUGGAACCAGAAGCACAAGAAUUUUUAACUUUUUUUGACUUGAGCUGUGUACUUCGUUGGUUAUUUUUCAGCGUGGCCCUUGUAUUAUGUCUUCUCAGGUCCUCUCCCAGUGCACAGAGGAACAGUAGGCUGACUGAACACUCUCCCAAGAAGGGGCAAAAGGAUAAAAUCAGGCAGUGUAGGUGGCAUGUGUUAAGUUUAGGGAAUUGCUGUCCUCUUGUGGCCAAUCCUGGAAACAACAGCCAAGAAACUUGUGUUCUAGGGCUGUGUCUUUUUAGUGUUUUCCAGAUCAGCAAUCAGCAACACUUGGGGAAUUUGUUAGAAAUGUAG